CCUUGAAUCGUCACUCUUGUUUCUCUAAUAACUAUUACCUUCAUUACUCGGCGCCACAGCCUUAUCGGUUAUGAGAUGGAGUAUCGCCCACUUGACACCGCUAAGAACGAGAUCAGGCUCUUAAAGAUCUUGCCACCGAAGUCACGCAGCCUUGUUAACCAACCACGAGAUAUGAUACAUUGCAUCCUCGAGCACGUAUCAUUGGAUGACUAUUCCGAAGAAUACAAAUCUAAUUCAAUCAAUCGAGGGACAUCCUGGCCUGAAAACUUUGUGGAGGCUUGCGCGAGAGAGGGUAUAACAACUCCAUUCGAUGAGGGCAAAGCCGGCACAUGUCCUCCGCUCUCCUUUGUUUAUGUUUCACUAGUUGCUCUAAGUUCACUUCAUGGGUGGCACCGGUGGAAAUGGGGGGACUAUUUCGCUUUGUCAUAUUGUUGGGGGGACUCUGAGGAUUCGCGCCAAAUCAUCGUAAAUGGGCAUGAGGUACGGGUCACCAAAAAUUUGCACGAUUUCCUCGAAACAAUUUACAGCCACACCCUUGCCAAUUCUUCCUGUGGGAUAUGGAUUGAUGCAAUUUGCAUUAAUCAAAACAAUAUAGUUGAGAAAAACGAGCAGGUCAAACGGAUGGCGGCCAUAUAUUAUCAAGCUUUCACCACACUGGCGUGGAUAGGACUCGAGAGCAACGAUAGCAACAUGGCAUUGGCCAAGCUGCAUUCAAUAUGUAAUGGGGACGACUCAUACAUGGCAGAUAGUGGCAAGAUUUUAGAGGGACUCACGUUGGAAGAAGAACCUUUGGAUGCUAUAAGAGCCUUACUGGAUCGUCCCUAUUGGAAUCGCCUAUGGGUUAUCCAAGAGAUUGCAUGGAGCAAUUUAACCUUGACGAUUGUUUGUGGCAACUAUGCCAUGAAGUGGUCAAGCUUCGCUAACGCCGUCGGCGCUUUGCUCUCUAUAUACAGGACAGUGAACUCGGAGAAUCCAGGAGGCAGAGGUGUAAUCGCGAACUCUCUUCGCCCAGCUGAUCUUAUGCAUAUUGUGGAUCUCUCAAUUCAACAUAUUCAAACUCGAUUGAUACCACUGCACAGCACUGAAAAUAUCCGAAAAGGACUGUUCGAUGCUGUUCGACAAGCACAGCAAACCGAUCCUAAGGACAAGAUUUACGGGAUACUCAGUCUAUUGCCGCCAAAGGUUGGUAGUGAGAUCAAUCCCAACUACAGCUUGCCCGUGAAAGAGGUCUACAUAGACUUCAUGAAAGCAUGUAUUUCAGGAACGCUCAAUCUCGAAAUUCUCCGUGAGUCGCAAAGCUGUCAAGUAAGGCGUCUCGCGAAUUGGCCCUCGUGGUUGCCGGAUUUUCGGGAUGAAGUCAAGCGCAAUUUCGAUUUUUACAACGUGGUUCCCUAUCAUGCAAGCCGAUAUUCUGAAAUGGAUAUUCGUUUUGACGAUUCCAAUUGUUUACAUGUCAGGGGUGUCGUUAUUGAUGCUGUAGAUAGUCUCGGAUUCGACUUUCCAAGCUUUUUGUCCAUACUGUCAUCCUUGAAGGUCGUGGAGUGUGAUAUCGAUGACGACUUUGCGUUCAAGGACGGGCGACAUUUGGUUCAGCCAACUCAAUCCUUAGGUCUUAACCCUUACCAAGAUGAAGAGGAAUUGAGAACUGCCUUUUGGCACACCCUGGUUGCUGGUCGAAGCGCUGCUGGCGAUUUAUCCCUCAAUAAUUGCGCGGCUGUUCUCGACAUCCCUAUCUUUUCCUUUGGACGGAAUACUUUGACAGCUCAAUGCGUUCAUUUUGAGAGCUUCCGCAAGUAUAAUAGCCAUCUUAAAGUAGGAGGACGUCGCUUCGAAGACUUUUUCCCUCUUUUUGAAACUUCGGGAGAACCUCCUUCUCAUAAAUUAGUCCAAGAGAUAAUGCAUCGAGUUAGUGUCUUGAUGGCUGGUCGCAAAUUCUUAGUCACUGGGAAUGGAUACUUGGGAUUGGCGCCAAACACCUCAAAGAAAGACGAUAUCAUUGCAGUUCUAUUCGGAUGCACUACUCCCAUGGUCCUACGCCCAAUCGCAGACAAAAGGUAUGAAGUGGUCGGCGAAGCAUACGUGCAUGGAUUUAUGGAAGGGGAGGCAAUGGAUGACUUGGCAAAUGGGUACUUUCAAGCAGAGAUGUUGGAUCUUUAUUAG